GCGAAGACUACAGCUGCCACGUGAUUUCAAGGGUAUAAAAGAGGUAAUAUAAGAAAGUGGCAGAAUAAUACUCCGCAUUUUGUCAACAUGAUGCUGUUUUUUCUUUUGUGCAUUUUUGGAGGUCCGGCCGUUUUGGGAUAUUCGCCCUAUGGCCGAAGCUACAAAGGGAGAACACUGAACAAUGUCCUUCGACAACUGAAAGAUAUUUCCGUUCAACCCGAUGUGACUAAGCACCCCGAUGUCGUCAACGGCAAACCUGACGAACUACCCGACGAUGGCGGCGAAGAGCGCCCCGACGAUGGCGGCGAAGAGCGCCCCGACGAUGGCGGCGAAGAGCGCCCCGACGAUGGCGGCGACCACAAGCACGACGGCGGCGGCGACGACCACAAGCACGACGGCGGCGGCGACGACCACAAGCACGACGGCGGCGGCGACGACCACAAGCACGACGGCGGCGGCGACGACCACAAGCACGACGGCGGCGGCGACGACCACAAGCACGACGGCGGCGACGAUUGCAUGAAUUUCAAAUCCAUCGUCUUGAACCAUUUAGUUGGCUUCCCACACGUAGACCAAAUGUCUGCCAAUGUACAGGUCCAACUCAUAGCAUUCCUACCGGUCUUAAUGAAGGCAUUCUCUAUAUUCGAAAUAACGAAUGACGCAGAAACGGCGGCCAAACAGAUGGUGGUAGGCCUUGUCGACAAGACCAUGAGCUUGACGGAAAAUUGUCCAACCACAAUGUUUAACAGAAUAAUUCUGUAUGCUGUUGGAAAGUCCUUCCACAGUGUUGUACUUCAAGUCAACAAGACGUUGGACGCCAUCAAGGCUUUGUUGUGGAAUGCCGAAAAGGUUUCACCCGACGAUGUAAUGUACUAUGCAAGGAAAAUGUUCGGCAAAGUGACAAACGCCUUAAUCGACGAUGUUUUAUCGAGGCUGUCUGAAAAAUCCCAUACGUACAUCAAAACGAUCUACCCCACGAUUGUGGAGCUGCUUAACGAGGGUAAACUAAUGGAACACAUCAUCACAUUUCUGAGACAAAAGAGUGAAGCUGCUGGCCUGGAAAUGAAAUGUGCCAAACCGGCAGUCGUCAGGGAACUCUAUAGACACGCUUUGCACGACGUGGAAGAAAGGUUUGGAGGUGACGAUUUCGGAGACAUUGUGUCUGUGCUGCCAUUAUCGCAUUUUGAACCACACGUCAGUGAACAGUUGGUGAAGAUGGUGACGGUGGUUCUGUCGCACGGGGUUCAUAUGGCCAAAGAGAUUUUGUCGGGACUGCGAUCAGAACGCCUGGGUCUGGUCAAGAAGGAUCACAGAUUACUAGAUGAUGCACAGCUGGCGGCGCUGAAACUAGUUACGGCGGAAAUGGGCUGGACAGACGAUGGAGGUGACGAAGUGGUGUAUCUGCCUGCCCACGAACUAGUGAGUUUAGUGGUCAAAGAAGAAGUGAAGGAUUUCGAAACGCUGGAAGAUUUGUUUCAGAACUUGGAGGAUAUAGCCAAAAUUAAAAAUGGUAAUAAUAUCGAUCGCCCCGAUCCUCACGUUCAGCUGUCUGAAAACCUCAACAUGAUGCUGAAACGAAAAUGUUAUACCUACACGAAGUACCUGAUCCCGUAUGGAAAUGAAAUCCCAGCUUGUAGUCGCAUUGAUUAAUCCGUUAAUAAAACCUCUUGCUAGUCA